UUCGGCAGAUAACGGGCCACAAUAAUUGAUAGCACGCUGGUGGGGACGAUAUCGGGCGAAUCUCAGCCCCUGGUACAGGGGCGCUGGCAAUUGAUUGAAUCGAACCAGUGCGCUAGGUACCGGCCGUGGAUACACGUUCCCCGAAACUCGCCUCGCGGACACGCGUUGAUUCGUAGCUUGAAAUUGUGAAUUUUGUGUGAUAUCGAGCAAAGUGUGCUGGUUUAAUAAUUGCAAUCGUUAAAAAAAGAGUGUUACGAGUUUACAGCAGAAAAAGGUUACGAAUAGAGCGCGUGAAAGGAAUUGAUUCCUCCCCAGGCGCAAACACACAAGCAAAAACACCUGGUGACGUUGCAGUUUGGUUUCGAUGACGAGUACAGGAAGUGUGUGGUGUUGAGAAGCGACAGUACUUCUGUUCGUCACCAUGAUGGACACCAAAGAGGAGCUGGGUGAAUGGGUCUGGAUCCAGCCAAAGCAGAAGCAUGAGUUCGAGCUACCGUACGCCGGGCGUGUGCUUCGUACCCACGAGGGCCGCACGCUCGUGGCCAACGACGAUGGAGAAGAGUUCUGGAUUAAGGACGCUGAGAUAAUCAAACCGAUGCACGUGACGUCACAGAAAACGGUGCACGAUAUGAUAACGCUGGGCGACCUCCAGGAGUACGCCAUACUGCGUAAUCUCAUCGUUCGAUACCGGCAGAAACAGAUUUAUACGUAUACGGGCAGCAUGCUGGUAGCGAUCAACCCGUACGAGAUACUACCGAUCUACACGUACAACGAGAUCAAUCUGUACCGCGACAAGAAGCUGGGCGAGCUGCCACCGCACAUCUUCGCCAUCGGGGACAGUGCGUACCAGGAGAUGAAGCGGGAGAAGCGCGACCAGUGUAUCGUGAUCAGUGGCGAAUCCGGUGCCGGUAAGACGGAAAGCACCAAACUGAUACUGCAGUAUCUGGCCGCCACGAGUGGUAAGCAUUCGUGGAUCGAGCAGCAGAUCAUCGAAUCGAACCCGAUUCUGGAGGCGUUCGGGAAUGCGAAGACGAUGCGCAACGACAACUCGUCCCGGUUCGGGAAGUACAUCGAUGUGCACUUCACGACCGAGGGUGCAAUCGAAGGGGCAAGGAUCGAGCAGUACCUGCUGGAGAAGUCACGCAUCGUAAGGCAGAACAGGGGUGAGCGGAACUAUCACAUCUUCUACUCGAUGUUGGCCGGCAUGACGAAGGAGGAACGCAAACGGCUCGACCUGGAGGACGCACCGAAGGCGUACGCGUAUCUGACGAGUGGCCAAACGCUGCUCUGCGAGGGUCGGAACGAUGCGAAAGAGUUUGCGGAUGUACGGUCCGCGAUGAAGGUGCUCGCCUUCGACGAUCAGGAGAUCCAAUCGAUUUUGAGCCUGCUGGCGGCCAUCUUGCAUCUGGGGAAUGUGAAGUACAAGGCGACUGUGGUGCAGAACAUCGAUGCGGUGGAAAUUAACGAUACGCUGAACGUGGGGCGAGUGGCCGUGCUGCUCGGAGUGUCGAAGGCGCAGCUGCUGAGUGCUUUGACGCGCAAAACGAUCGUAGCACACGGGGAGCGCGUUGUGUCGCAGCUGUCCAAGGAGCAGGCCAUCGAGGCGCGCGAUGCGUUCGUGAAGGCGAUCUACGGCAAACUGUUCAUCCAGAUCGUGGACAAGAUCAACAAGGCGAUCUACAAACCUUCGAACAAGAGUUCCCGGCUGUCGAUCGGUGUGCUGGACAUCUUCGGGUUCGAGCAGUUCGAGGUGAACAGCUUCGAGCAGCUGUGCAUCAACUAUGCGAACGAGAAUUUGCAGCAGUUUUUCGUGAAGCAUAUCUUCAAGAUGGAGCAAGCAGAAUAUGCCCGCGAAGGCAUCAACUGGACGACGAUCGAUUUCAUCGACAACCAGGAAAUACUGGACAUGAUCGGUAUGAAGUCGCUCAACCUGAUGUCGCUGAUCGACGAAGAAACGCGCUUCCCGAAGGGUACCGAUCUGACCAUGCUGUCCAAGCUGCACACAACGCACGGCACCAAAACGGUGUACGUGAAGCCGAAGUACGAUAACGAUCCGGCGUUCGGUGUGCAGCACUUUGCGGGCGUAGUGUUUUACCGGGUCGAUGGGUUCCUGGAGAAGAAUCGCGACUCGUUCAGUGCCGAUCUGAAGGAGCUGGUAACGAAAAGCACCAACGACUAUCUGGUGGCACUGUUCGGGACGGACGAUUCGCUCGAUACGACCAAACGGUCGAUAACGCUGUCGCUGCAGUUUAGGAACUCGCUCGACUCGCUGAUGCGAACGCUUUCCUCGUGCCAUCCGUACUUUAUCCGCUGCAUCAAGCCGAACGAUGUGAAGAGACCGAAGAUCAUCGAUAAGGCGCUGUGCGUACGGCAGCUACGAUACUCCGGCAUGAUGGAGACGGCCAAGAUCAGGCAGGCUGGAUAUGCGAUCCGGCACACGUAUCGAGAGUUUGUCGAACGCUAUCGCCACCUGGUGCCGGGCAUUGGCGCCCCCCACAAGGUGGACUGUGUGCAGGCGGCGAAGGAUAUCUGCCGGAAGGUGCUGGUCACCGUACCGGACGACUAUCAGUUCGGCAUGACGAAGGUGUUCCUGAAGGAAAGCCAUGACUAUCUGCUCGAAUCGGAACGAUCCCGCGUGUACCUGCACUACGUCGUGCUGAUACAGCGUGCCUUCCGUAAGGUGCUGUUCUGGAGGUAUCUGCGCCGCUAUCGGCAGGCCGCCCUCGUCAUACAGAAGCACUGGCGAGCCAGAGGCUACCGGGCGGACUAUCUGACGAUGCGCAACGGGUACCGGCGCCUGCAGGCGGUGAUCAAGUCCCGGGCGCAAACGUACGCCUUCGGACGAUUGCGGGAAGCGAUCGUACAGCUGCAGGCACAGUGUCGCGGGUAUCUGACGCGUCGCAACCUGCAGGACAGGAUCACGUACCGUGCGCGCCGUAUGAACGAAAUCAUAGCGAUGCAGCGCACGGAAGAGCUGCAGUUCCGCAAGUCGGGUAACGCUCGCUGGCGGGAAGACGCCGAGCACAACUACUGGCUGCGGGUGGACGAGCUGAACCGGGAGAUGGCGGCCCAGCAGCCGAGGGAAGCACCGCACAAGCUGAUGGCGGUACUACCGCAGCCGACCAUCAACGUGGAGGAGGACAACAAGAUCGUGGACGACGUGUUCGGGUUUCUGGAAGGUACUACGAGCCCCGAGCCGGUACCGAAACGGAAACCAUCGCUAGCCGGUGCUGAGCAACCGGAAGGGACAACGCAGCAGCACGCAGCCCAGGAACAAACGGUUUCUUAUCGCGAGGAUUUAUCCGACUACAACUUUUCCAAAUUUGCGGCCACCUACUUUGCGAACAAUGCGUCUUAUCAGUUCAGCAAGCGAAAGCUUAAAUCCUCCCUGCUCGAUCUGUACAGCACGGCCGAUGUCAUAUCGGCGCAGGCCCUCUGGAUUACAAUACUACGCUUCAUGGGCGAUAUGGCGGAUGCCAAGUACGAGGACGAAAGUGACGAGUCGAAGCACAGGCCGGUGAUGCAGCGGGUGUCCACGACGUUGGGGAGAAAUUUCGCCAAGUCGAAAGACUUUCAGGCGUUUCAGGAGACGCUGUCCGAGCACGAUCGCAAGAUGAUACACCGUACGCUGAAGAAGAAGUCCAAAAUUCCGAGUGAACUGAAAUCGAUCAUGGAGAACAAUGAGGAGAUCACGGACUAUCAGGAGUUUUUGAACAGUCGCAGCAAUAAUCUGGACAAGCUGCACUUCAUAAUCGGGCACGGUAUCCUGAACAAGAAUCUGCGGGAUGAGAUCUUCUGUCAGAUUUGUAAGCAGUUGACGAACAAUCCGACCGCUACUUCGCACGCUAAGGGUUGGAUAUUGCUGUCGCUGUGUGUUGGGUGUUUCCCACCGUCGGACCGGUUCGAGAAGUAUCUGCGAUCGUUCAUAAGGGAAGGGCCGGAGCUGUACGCGCCGUACUGUGAACAUCGGCUUGAUCGUACGCUCAAGAACGGUACCAGAAGGCAGCCUCCUUCGCUGAUGGAGCUGCAGGCGACCAAAACGAAAAAGCCGAUGAGUGUUAGUGUGAUCCUGAUGGAUGGAAGCAGCAGAACCGUUGAGACGGAUUCGGCAACGACGGCGGGGGAGCUGUGUGAGCAGAUAGGCGACAUGAUCAUGCUGAAGGAUCGGUUCGGGUUCUCCAUAUUCAUCACGAUGCAGGACAAGGUACUGUCGCUGCAGAGUGGGCGCGAGUUCCUGAUGGACGCCAUCUCGAACUGUGAGCAGUACGCGAAAGAGCAAGGACUUAGCGAGCGUGCGGCCGGCUGGAAGGUGUUCUUCCGCAAGGAACUGUUCGCACCGUGGCACGAUCCUGCGCUCGAUCCGAUCGCAACGGGCCUUAUUUAUGCGCAGAUUGUGCGUGGCUUGAAUUUGGGCGAGCUGGUUAGCAACUCGGACAAGGAUCUGGCGAUGUUGGCCGCACUGCAGUACUACGCCGAGUAUGGUAGCGAGAUGAACGCGAAAACGCUGCAGGAACGAUUGAAGGACUUUGUGCCGAGAAGCGUACUGCGGCCGGAGACGGCCCCACGCUGGAUGCAGAUGAUCGAGACGGCGUUCAAGAAGAGCCGCUGCGUGAAGGAGUUCCUGCAGAGAGCGGUGGCCAAGGAGGACAUUGUGCUGUUUGCGAAGAUUACCUGGGGUAUGAUGUUUUCGAGGUUUUUCGAAGCUGUCCAGUCCGGUGGUCCAUCGCUUGCCUCGCCAAACAUUAUCAUUGCGAUCAAUUGGUCCGGGUUGUUCUUUGUGGAUGAGCAGGAGCAGGUGCUGGUGGAACUGUCGUACCCGGAGGUGGUGCAUGUGAGCUGUGAGGAAGAUGCGGAAACGGACGUAGGCACCUUGUAUCUGGGUACGAUUCAGGGUGAAGAAUUUAGCUUCAAAACGUUUGACGCACGCGUUGUGUCGGAUUUGGUGAGCUUUAUUAUUGAUGAGUUGAAGAAGCGAAGCAUCUAUGCGGUUGUGGUGCAGUCGUACAAAUCGGAAACAACGGACGAGACGGUACUAAGCCUUCUGAAGGGUGAUCUAAUAGCGCUCCGGCAAGGGUUUACCGGGGAAUCGAUCAUGGCUGAAGAGGCCACCUGGGGAUAUGGAGAGUGUAAUGGGAAGUCUGGGUACUUUCCAACGGAGUCGAUCUACAUCCUACCGACGAUCAUGCCGCCGUCUGGCGUUGUGCUGAAUUUCUAUAAGAAAGAAAAUGCCAUUAAGAGCAAGAAGCACGCCGGUCCUAUCUACAACACCGUUCAGCGGAAGAAGAUGCAUACUCUGCAGAGGUUCGCCACCGAUCACUUCCGAGCUCCGAUCGCAAAUGUAUCUUCUGCAACAAGCAUCAAUAGUGUGCGCAAGUCUACGGUGGAAGAACUGUGGAAGCAUACGAGAGAUCCGAUGAAGGCACCGCUCUUGGAGCGUCUGCAAACCGAUCGUGCUAAAUGCGAUACGGCUGUGAUGAUUUUCACUUUCAUUUUGAAGUACAUGGGCGAUCUUCCGAAAAGCCGCGAACAGAUCGAUGUCGCUAAGAUAUUCACCCCAGCAAUGAAGGAUGAUCUACUGCGGGACGAAGUGUACUGUCAGAUAAUGCGCCAGCUGACGGAAAACAAGAUCCAGAUCAGUGAGGAACGAGGGUGGGAUUUGCUGUGGCUUGCCACCGGCGUGAUGCUACCCAGCCAACCGCUGCAGAAGGAAUUGUUCACGUUCCUGCGCACCCGCAAACAUCCGAUCGCUGUGGACUGUUUGCAGCGGCUGCAGAAGACGGUUAAGCUGGGCGCUCGGAAGUAUCCCCCGUACAUCGUGGAGGUGGAAGCGAUACGCUACCGAACGGUGGAGAUUUACCACAAGGUGUACUUCCCGGACGAUACGGACGAAGCGUUUCAGAUAGAGUCGUGCACCAAGACGAAGGAUCUGAUCCAGACGAUCACCCGCCGGUUGGAGCUAAAGUCGGGCGAAGGCUUCAGUCUGUUCAUCAAGGUGAUGGACAAGGUGCUGUCGGUGCCGGAAGAUUACUUCCUGUUCGAUUUCAUCUUCGAGCUGAUGGAGUGGCUGCGCGAAACACAUCCGUCCCGCACGAACGAUAAUCGCAUCCAGUGCGAGUACCAGCUGUUCUUCAUGAGGAAGCUCUGGAUCAACGUAGUGCCGGGGCGGGAUCGCAAUGCGGACGAGAUAUUCCACUUCCACCAGGAAGUGCCGAAGCUGCUGCAAGGCUACUAUCAACUCACCAAGGAGCAGGUCAUCGAUUUGGCCGCCUACAUGUUCUGGGCACAGUACGAAGUCACGGACCUGCCGCUGUUGGGUAAAAACUUCCACGACUUUUUACCGAUGCUGGUGGCGAAGGAUGCGGAACGGUUGCAGAAGAUCGAUCACUGGAAGCGUGAUAUCAUGGCGAAGGUUGAUGCGGUUAAGGGCAUAAGCGUGAGUGAGGCGAAGCUAGCCUUCCUGAAGCUGAUGCAGCAGUUCACGAUGUUUGGGUCUACGUUCUUCGUGGUGAAGCAGGCGACCGAUCAGAACCUACCGCCGACACUGUUGGUAGCGAUCAAUCGUACCGGAUUCCAUCUGAUAGAGCCCCACACGAAGGAGAUACUGCACAGCUACAGCUACACGGAGCUAAACUUCUGGAGCUCGGGCAAUACGUUCUUCCACAUCAAGUUCGGCAGCAUGAUGGGUUCGACGAAGCUGCUGCUGGAAACGAAGCAAGGGUACAAAAUGGAUGAGCUGCUGGCGUCGUACAUACGGCACUUUAAGGCGCAGGCGCUAAGAAACUAAGAGGUACGCGAAGAAAUAGGAAGAGAGAGAGAGAGAGAGUCCGAGAGAGACGUGCAAACCGUUUAACGUUAAAGGAAUUUGGUUAGUUGAUAAUAAAGAGAUUUGUUUAAUAAGUUUCA